GUAGUACUUUUUUUUACCUCAACUUCUGUUAAUUUCUAUGAUUGACCAAAAUCUGAAAAAGAAUGUCACACCUUCACGACUAAAAACAAACUCAAUAUAGAAAAGAUUAUCAAAUUACCAGCACUAUGAGGUAAACGAAAAUUCCAAUUCGUUUCAAUGCAAGAAAGAAACAACGUAUUGUAGGUUAGUUUAAUCAAAUUUGUUUGGUUCUUUUUGGGUCACAAUUAAGAAUGAUAAGAACAACUAUUUCAAGAGAUACAGUGUUUAGCACUCGAAAAUUUUUGCUGUCGAGAUGUUACACUUCAAAAGUCGAAAUUGAUUCUAUAAUCAGGGUAGACCACGCCGGUGAGUUGGGUGCGGAUAGGAUAUAUGCUGGACAAAUGUUUAUACUCGGAAACAGUGACAAAGGUCCCUUAAUUCAGCAUAUGUGGGACCAAGAAAAGCAUCACAGAGAAACUUUUGAAAAUCUUAUUCGCAAACAUCGCGUUAGACCUACUGCUCUAACACCUAUUUGGAAUGUUGCGGGCUUUGUUCUUGGUGCAGGUUCUGCCUUAUUAGGAGACAAAGCAGCGAUGGCAUGUACGGUAGCCGUGGAGGAUGUAAUUGUUGAACAUUACAAUGAUCAGUUAAGAACAUUGAUGGAAGAUCCUGAUACAAAUAAAGAAUUACUCGAAACUAUAACAAAGUUCCGCAAUGAAGAGCAAGAACAUCACGAUACUGGUUUAGAUCAUGGGGCUGAACAAGCUCCAUUUUAUAGAGCUCUUUCUGCAUUAAUUAAAUUUGGUUGUAAAGCUGCAAUUUCUGUUUCCAAAGUAGUUUGAAUUAAAAUUGAUGAAAUUAUAAAUACCUAAAUGCAUAUGUAUAUACUUUUAUGUUCAAUAA